AUGUAAAAAAUUGAUAACUUUCAAAUGUAGCUUCAAUAGACUGUCUAACUGGGAUAGAUUUUUGAAAAAUUAGAAAGUCUAAGAAAAAUUGUAAGAAUUUUUGAGCCAAUCUAAUUUAGUUUUCAGAAUUAAUAUUAAGUCCAUUAAAUGAUAAUGAGAAGCUAACUAUAUAUAAUGAUAUCAAUGUUAUUUUAACUAGCUUGUAUGAGUAGAAAAAUGGUACAAUUGAAGAAAAAGAACAAAUUAAGAAUUUAAUGGACAUAAUGAUGAAUAAUCUAGAAGUGUAAGAAUUCAUGUUUAGAAUUGCUGACGAAGAAUGUAAUUAUAAAAUGUCAUAUGUAGCUAAUUAAAUUUAAGAAGUUAGAAGCUUAAGUAUUAAUUAUAAAGCAUCUAGAAUUGGUCGUGAAUUUAUAACAUAGAAGGCUGAGUAAUUAUAAUAAAAAUCUGGUGAGAAUUAGAUACUCACUUUAAAUGUGGAUGUUUGUGAGGAUUAAUAGAUAGAAUUUUACGAUAAUAAUAAUUACUUAUAAUAAUCAAAAGAAGAAUAGUCCUUAAUUUAAUCCCCACCUUCAAAAAUAUAUCAUGAAAUAGCACAAGAUGAAUUGUCAGAAUUGAUUAAUAGAAGUAAAUACGAAUUUGAUUAAACCAAAAUUGAUUAAGUAAAUAUCUAUAUAAAUCAAGGCUUAUGAAUAUGCAAAGUUGGCUUAAGAUAAAUUUUAAUCUAGUUUCGCGUACUAAUAACAUGCUGAAUAUGUAGAUUAAAUAAUUGUGUAAUACAAUUAUAUGAUUGAGAAUGUGAAAGAAUUAGAUUCAGAUGGCUGGUUAUUUGAUGGUCUGAGUAAUGGAAUUUCUGUCAAAUAUAAAUUUCCAGAAAACACUUCCACUGCCUCGAUGCUCAUGGAAACAAAAAUACCAGUAAAUGCAAUAAGAGUGUUGGCAUUAGUAAAUGAAAUGGAAUUGAAUCAUUUAUGGGUUCCCUUUUGCAAGAGGUCCUAUGUUAAUAAAGUAUUGAAUCGAGCCUGCAAGGUUUGCACCUCAGAAAUGUAUUUCCCUUUGAUUCCAGAUCGGGAAUGCGUUUUUGUAGGGGAAGGUUAUGAUAGAUUGUAAGUUAAUGGAACAAUUACUCUAUUAUCGAGAUCAGUGGAUGGUGAUAAAGAAUUUUUAGAAAAGAAUGGAAUUUUUAUUCCAGAGAAAUCUAAAUUUGUUAGGAUGUAUAUCAAAUAUUACAUUUUUGAAAUUACUCCUAUUGAUAAGGAUUCGUGUUCAAUAAGAGCUUGCACAAAUGUGAAUCCAAAAAUUUCUAUGGUUCCCAAUAGUGUCUUAGCUUAUGUUGGAAGAAAAGUAAAUUUAAUGUUAUUGUUUAUUAGUUUGCUCAUAUUUUGAUAUCAAAAAUAGUGAAUUAUGCAAAAACUUUUGAAAAAUCUCCUUUCUACCCUGUUUAUUAAGAACAUAUAGAGUUCUAUAAUUGGUUAGAAGAGAAGCUAAAAACUCAUCUUAAAUAUUGA